AUGGAAGUGGAGUACUCAGCUCUUGACCAAGAAAUCCAGAAGUUGCAGAGCAAAGGUCAGUAUAAGAAAAUACUAAGGAUAUACGAAAGAGUUAUUCAUGAACAGAUCGAACGUAAUCUGGUCAGUCAAGAGAUGAAGAAAAAGGCAUGAGAUACUUGCAAUAUCCUUGCUAUACAACAUCUUAAAAAGAAAGAGUAUGACCUAUGCCUUCCUUAUCUUAAGAAAGCAGAGAAAUAUAUUGAUGGGGAUGAUGAGACCAAGGCGUUGACAUAUAACAACCUUGCUUGUUAUUACAGAGACAAAGGACAGUUAAGAGGUGCUCUUGUUUAUCUCCUCAAAGUCCAGAAAUUAGAAAAAGAGCCUAUCAUUUCUUGAAUGAACACUGGAGUUGUUCUCUCACAAUUAGGAAGACAUGAAGAGGCUAAGGAUAAUAUCAUGAAAGCAAUUAUGAUCAUACAGGAUUCUAUUCUAAAUGCAUUCUUGCCAAAGAUGAAUAAGAAGAGAAAGAAGGUUGGAGAAAAUGUAGAUGACCUUGAAAGAGAUUUCAAGGAAAAAGCAGCUAAUCUUUCGAUGUGCUACCGAAAUCUGGCCAUACAAAAUGAAUUCCUGAAGGACUAUGAAUCCGCUAUUGAAGCAUACAGAAACUCCAAAUAAUGUAGCUCUUGAUUAUCUCGGAGAAGCAGAUGAGUUCUCCAUCCAAGCUGUUAAUACUUAUAAAACAAUGCGAAGGGCUAUUCAAGAGAAAACAACUAAACUUGUGGAGAAGAACAAGAAGAGGGAAAAGAUCAGGCCUCUUAUCGAAAAGAGUCUAAAAUCUCAGAAACACAAGGCAAGGAAUAGUUCAGCAGAUAUUCUCAAAAGAGGAUUCAGGUUCAAGAGCGCAGGUAGGAAGCGGAGACCUGGGACCAAGGGGUAA